GCAUGCUCAAAACGUCGUUCUACGCAAAUUUGCGCCAACUCCGUGGUGAGGCUGAAGGAAGCAGUAUCAGGGGUGAUGCUUAGCAAGCUAGCUAGUGUUUCUUCACAACAACAAUAACCGUUUAGCUUUCUAGAGUUUCGGCACUGUUUUUACCUGUAUACAAGGACAGUACUUCAUCUAUUUGCAAGUAUAUGUCAGUUGGGACAACGAAACGGAAGAGAAACUAUUAAGGACAACCAUGCUAACGUUAGCUAGCUAAGCCAAGGAUUUCAUGAAGAAAGGACUUCGUCUUUGAACUGAAGGGAGGCUUUGGAUCAUACUGGGAUCAACAGUGUGUUCUCCAUUUCACUAACAAUUAGCAAACUAACCAAUAGGAACUUGUUUUUUUCUCAAGACAGCGUUGUUUGGGAAAUAAUCUGCUGACAGUGAGGAUAUCACCUCUUGUCAGACAUUGCUUGAAGUAUUCGUUAAACAGAGCUGAUUGCUUGUUCACUUCGGCUGUGUUUGAAUGUGGGAUAAAAUGGAGACCCCAACGAUUGUCUACGAUCUUGACACUUCUGGUGGUCUUAUGCAGCAAAUACAAGCAUUGCUCGCGCCUCCCAAGUCUGAAGAUGGAGAAAAAAAAGGUCGCAAACCAGAUAAAAACGCACGGAGAGCGGGGAGAGCCACGAAUCACGACACCUGUGACAGUUGCAGAGAGGGGGGCGACCUCCUCUGUUGUGAUCAUUGUCCCGCCGCCUUUCAUCUACAGUGCUGCAACCCACCUCUGAGUAAGGAGAUGCUGCCCCCUGGAGACUGGAUGUGUCAUCGCUGCAUGGUGCGUAGGAAGAAGCGGGAGAUAAAGAAGGAGCAGAUGAAUGGUCUGCUGGACCGCCAGCUGUCUAAGCAGUCUCCCUCUCCUGCAGCAGAGUUCGAGCUGGCCCCAGGCACCCUGAGGCUGGACCCCACGGCAGCAGUUGGAGGCACCACAGGCCUGAGAGCUGCAGCUGUGGCCCAGGUCCGUCUCCUGGAGAGGAGGCCCAGCAGUAGACCCAACACCCCAACCUCCACCGCCUCAACAGACACCGCCACGCCCUCGGAGCAGAACGACAUGGAUGAUGACAUACUAGACGUGGAGGACGACUCGCAGGGCUCAGAGCCCGAGAGCUCCACCCCACACCUCAAGAGGCCCUUUGAUCUUCUGAUAGCAGCAGCCAUGGAGAGGAACCCCACGCAGUUCCAGCUUCCCAAUGAGCUCACCUGCACAACUGCACUUCCAGGAACCAGUAAAAAAAGGAGGAGAGAUGAGAUGACAGGGAAGAAUGUGAAGCGACUGCAGCAUGAGCUGGACCACAAUGGGCUGGUCCCACUACCGGUGAAGGUCUGCUAUCCCUGUGGCAGGAGCUGCAGGUUGGCACCAUUAAUCCAGUGUGACUAUUGCCCUCUCCUGUUCCACAUGGACUGUCUGGACCCCCCUCUUACUGCCAUGCCUGUGGGCAAGUGGAUGUGUCCCAAUCACAUAGAACACAUGGUGUUGAAGCAGAGGAGCCUGCCAUUGAGCGGUCGCUGCCAGCUGUUUGACCAGUUUCAGGACAGGAUGUCCCAGCAUGCCGUCAAGGUGGACUUCCUGCAGCGGGUGCAUCGUCUCAACACCCCAGUCCGCCGAGGAGCCCACACACAGCUGAAGAAAACCUUCAAGGUCCCUGAUUCUAUAAAGUCCCAGUACAAGUGUCCCCCGGCCAUGAUUGCCCCGGCAGGGAUCCGCAACGGGGAGCUGGUCUGUAACAGCAGUUCAGAAACCCCUCAGCAGCACUUUACACCCUCUCAGCACUUAACCAGUGAGGAUGAGCAACAGGAGUGGCUCAGAGACGUCAUCACACUCCAGUGCAGCAUAGUGAGACAUCUGUCAGCCAAGCAGAAGCUGUCGUCCGAAUGGGACUCUGGGAAGACGGACAUGGCCGACAUCAAAUCCUGUGUCACAGCAGAGGAGGCUAGUGCUGUGUGCAAUUCUAACCAGACUGAGUCGCCAGCCUCCAAGCCUAAAGCUGACAGUGCAGCAGUUUGCCCCCAGGGGGCGCCUGCACUCAAGGAAGGGAAGUGUAGCAUGUGUACAGAGAAGCCUUGUCACAACUGUGGGCCCAGUAAUGUUAACGGUCCCCUGGAGGAGCAGCUGGCUUGGACCAAUGGGAGUCCAGAGGCCUGCAGACAGGACAACCUCCACAAGCUGAGAGAGCCCUCAGGUCUUGAUAGGACUGUUCCUCAGACACCAGCAGCUUCCAGCCCGGAGUCACCCAACCACACUGGUAAAGCUGUGGUCAAGACCGAGAACACCCUCUUAAGACCCUGUGAAGGGACGGCCUCCUCAUCCACCUGUCCCUUCAAACCAGACCUCAGAGGCCCCUCUCCACCUCACAGACCCUCCCCAGGCACACAGGGCCCUGCUCUAACCAGUAGCAGCAGCACUGUGGGGUCCUGUGCCCUCACUCCACCCAGAGCACCAUACCAGAUCAAGAGGAUGACCAAGCUGGGCUCCACCCCACCAGCAGAUGGGAAAGUCAGUCGUGAUGCUGUGACCACCAGGAGUGGUCCUCUGCUCCCCAGCUCUUUCUCUAUGGUAGACCUGUCCAGCCGUCUGAAGGCUGUGGCAGACUGCCAUGGUGAGAUUCAGAUGAGUAGUCUGGAUGAGAAGUUCAUUGAACUCCUGGCCUGGCAAAGGAUCCAGCAGCUGUUUGGGCCUAAAGCCCCUUCCCCUCCACAGAGCAGCUGUAUCAGCCUACCUCCUGUUCCACAACCCCAGCCUACAGAAGCACAAAACAAGAAUAUUCAGGCCAGGGCUGUGUUUUAUCCUUUGACUGGGAAAGGAGGAGCUGUCCGUAUGUGCUACAGAAACCUGUACAUAGGAAAUGGUGCUGACAUGGACGUGUGCCUUACAAACUAUGGUCAUUGUAAUUAUGUUUCAGGAAAACAUGCCUGUAUCUUCUAUGAUGAGAACACCAAGCAGUAUGAGCUCCUCAACUACAGUGAACAUGGGACUACGGUGGACAAUGUGCUGUACUCCUGUGACUUCUCUGAGAAGACUGGGCCAAGCCCCUCCAGCAGCCUGGUCUCCAAAGUGCAGAACAUUAUCAAGCGCUGCAAGAGGAGGAAGCAGGAAGAGGAAGGGGCAGCGGAGCCCAUGGUGCUAGAGGAGGGGGUGAUGAGACCGUGUCAGGUGACUCCUUCUAGCCACUGCUGCGACUGCAAGGCCAGCAGCUCCAGUCUGAUCGGGGGCAGUGGAGCAGGCUGGGAGGGCACUGCCCUGCUCCAUCACGGCAGCUUCGUCAAGCUGGGCUGCAUGCAGUUUGUUUUCAGUAUUACAGAGUUUGCCUGCAAGCAGCCCAAAGAGGAAACCCUUAACAACCCAACUACCACCACUGCCACCCCCCAGUCCCAGGAGGAAACAGAACCCUCUGACAAGCACACGUCCACCUCCCAGCUCCACCAAGUGCCAGUGCUGCACCCUAACCCUGUCCCCUAGCCCAAUCAUGUCCCCUCAGCAACAAGAACCAGCCUCAGCAGCUAUACUUGUAUACUGCAUCAAAAAGAGAGCGCUUUUUUGAUGUUCCAACAUUUGCAUGAAAUGAAGUAUUUUUCAGUCUCAGAUUUUGUGGGCAAGUUGCACAUACAAUUUGUAUUGUUGUUUUUUGUAACUGGACAAUUUUCUGAAAGUUUUUGAAUUGGCUUUGAAAAAGGGGGAUGGUUUAUCGUUGACAUUAUGUGAAGAAAUGUAAACAUCACCAGGUUUCCAACAUACUUGUAAAGAACUCCAAUCAUUCUAUUUUUGCCAGUAAUGAUGGCAUAAACUUAUUUUUUCUCUGAAAAUGCAACUUUUAUUUACUUUUUAUAAAUUUAGUUUGUGUACUGUAUCUGUAAAUUUAGUUGGGUUCACAUGUUUGUUUUGCUACUAUUGCACUACAGUAGCACUAUAUUCAAACAUACGUGUACACAUCCAUGCUUAUACAUGCUGUAUACAUGGUUGUGUGUGUUGAAAUACACGAACACACACACAAAAUAUACAUGAUUAAGAAUAAUUUUAACAUAGAACAAGGAAGCAUAGGAUUCUGUAUGCAAACUUUAAUUAUGGCCAUUUUGGCUUUUAAAUCUUUCCAGUGCUUCAUGUGAAUUUGGUGCAGUAGUUUACAAAAGUUUUAGUCCCUUUUUUUUUUUUUUUUUUUCCCCAAGUGUCUGAUUUUAGAAAUAAUUCAUCUGAACUUUGUCAUGUACUCUGUAAAUACAAAGCAACUUUGACUUGGUUUCUUGUCUGUCAUAGUCACUGUAAAUACCUAAAGAUUUUUAAGCGUCAGUGAAGACCGUGGCUUCUGUCAUUUCAUUCGUUGCUAACAACCAAUUGGGCGAUUCCAUGCCAGCAUAGCCCGAACAUAUUUUUGGUAUCCGAUUGUUCUGGCAAUUCUCACAUUGGGAGGAAGGAUGUUUGACAUGUUUUUUUACAUUUUGUAUCACAAACAGUUUUUUUUUUUUUAUCAAGAAAGUGGCCAUUUUAGGCUGUUUUUAGACCUAUACAUUCCUUCUGUAAGACCUGAUGUCUGAACUGUACAUAAUAGACAUCUUGUCAUUAUACUCCUCAUAGUGUAACUCUAUUAUAUGGAAUACGGUGGGCAUCAUGUGUUCAUCCCUUUUGGAAUUUCUUUCACAUUUUUGUUGCAUUACAAAGUAGGAUGGAAAUGGAUUUUAUUUUUUUUUGUCAUUGAUCUACACGAGAUGCUUCAUGUCAGUGAAAAUAAAAUUCUACAAAUUAAUAAAUGAAAUAACUAAAAUAGAGUUGUUGCGUAAGUAUUCACCCCCGUUUGUUUAGGCAAGCAUAAAUUAGUUCAGGAGUACAUUUUGGCUUAACAAGUUACAUGGGCUCACUGUGUGAAAUAAUAGGGGUUGACAUGGUUUUUGAAUGACUACCCCUUCCUCUGUCCCCCAUGCAAGGUCCUUCAGUCAAGUAUUGAAUUUCAACUACACAGACCAGGGAGCUUUUCAAAAGCCUCAAAGAAGGGCUGUGAUUGAUAGAUGGGUAGCAAUAACAAAUUAAACAUUGAAUAUCUCUUUAAAGAGAUACCUUUGUAUAAAGUACUGUAGCACUCACAAGCCAAAAGUGGUCCCCGAACUAGUCACAUACAUGUGCACCAUGUCAUUGUGCUCUUUCCUGCUCUGCUGGGUGCCAUUGAAAUGGUAAGGGGCUGAAGCUAGAAUUGCUAGGGGGCUGGCCCAGGUGAGGGAAAAUGUUGUAGCACAGCUUCCAGAAAACAGUUUCUUUCAAACUAGGCAUUUCAUGGCUAAUUGAGGUAAGACUCCUUCUGGUCAUCAAUUACAUAUUCACAUAUUCACACCAGCCCAAAGUUGGAGGUUUAAAAAAAAUACUAGUUGCCAAAGUUCUGAAGCAUGUCUGUAAUUAUGGUGAGGAUGUAUUAAACCACCCAGACACAUCAAAGAUACAGUUGUCCUUCUGAACUGAGCUGCAGGACAGGAAGGAAACUGCUCAGGGAUGUCAACAUGAGGCCAUUAGUGGUUUUAAAACCGCUACAGAGUCCUAUGGCUGUGAUGGGAGAAAACUGAGAUGGAUCCACAGUAUUGUAGUGACUACAGUGACGACCUAAAAGACAGUGUGAAAAGAAGAAUACAAAUAUUCCAAAACAUGCAUCCUGUAUGCAACAAGGCACUAAAGUAAUACUGCAAAGGAAUACACUUUUUGGCCUAAAUGGAAGCCUUAUGUUGGGGAAAAUCCAAUACACAUCACUGAAUAGCUGCCUCUUUACUGUCAAACAUGGUGGUGGCUGCAUCAUGGUAUGAGUAUGCUUGACAUUGGCAAAGACUGGGGAGUUUUUCAGGAUGAAAAGAAACGAGAUGUCGUUAAGCACAGGCUAAGUCCUAGAGGAAAACCCUCCUCAGUCUGGGACACAGGGAGGGGAUUCACAUUUCAGCAGAACAAUAACCAACAACACAAGGCCAAAUCUUAACUGGAGUUGCUUACCAACUUAGAAGACAAUGUUUGGAGUGGUUAAGUUGCCGUUUUGACUUAAAUCUGCUUGAAAAUCUGCUUGAAAAUCUAUAGCAAGACUUGAAAAUGGCUGUCUAGCUAUGAACUCCAACACUUGGACAGAGCUUGAAUUUUGAAAAGAAAAAUGGGUAAAUAUUGCACAAUCCAGGGGUGCAAAACUCUUAGAGAUUUACAGCUGUAAUUGCUGCCAAAGGUGAUUCUAACAUGUAUUGACUAAGGGGGGUGAAUACUAAUCAAAUCAAGGUAUAUUAGUGUUUUAUUUUUAAAAUGCUUGAUCUUUUAUUCCACUUUGACAUUACAGGCUAUUAUGUGUAGACCGUUGAUUAAGAACAUUACAAUUAAAUCCAUUUUAAUCCCACUUUGUAACAAUAAAAUGUGAAGAAAUCCUAAGGGGGUGAAUACUUAAGAUAUUGAUACCCACUGUAUAUAUCUACCUUCUGAAAUACACAUUUCCACAAUUUAUUCAACGUAAAAAAUAUGACUAUGAAUAUCUUAAAAGUACCCUUUUUUAUUUACUUAAUUUCAAGACAUUGGUUGGAACAAUAUACUAGUAUACAAGCACAUCACAUUUCUAGAGUGGGCUCUCUACUAAUUCUGAUUAAAUGAUACAUUUUAUGAGCGCCACCAGCUCAAUGAAUGGCAAAAUGGAUCUGUGAUUGGUUAAUGACCUAUAAUGUAAAUUUCGAUGUUUAAAAUGGGUCAUAUAUCUUAAAAGUACCAGAGAGCCACUCUGGAAAUGUUAUGUGUUUGAAGAGUAUAUUGUUACAAUCAAUGUCAAGAAAAAAUAAGACAUCAACAAAGGUCAUCUUUUAGAUAUCCAGAUUAAUAUUUUGUAUGUUGAAUAAAUUCAUGUGUAAACUAUCAAAAUAAAGAAAGUCGCACACUCCA